ACUUUUAUUUUGAAAUGUAACUCGCACUGGCGGGAAACUCGUGUGUCUGUCAGCAGAAGAUCAUGUACAACAACGGAUCUGAGAAAUGAGAAGGUCCACAGAGCAGGAAGAAUUGUGUGAUUUGUGAAUCCUGACACAGAGGAAACAGAUAAAGGAAUGGUUCAAAUAGUCAUCUCGAGUAAAGCUGGUGAAGGUCCAGCUGAAUGGCUGCUGGUGGAGUUGCAGGGAGAAAUUGUGUCCAGACAGAAUACUGGACUUGCAGGAAAUCUGAUGGGAGACCUGCACUAUACAAAAGAGGGUGUACCGGUGCUAAUAGUCGGACAUCACAUCCUUUAUGGCAAACAGGUCAAACUGGAGAAGCCCUUUGCUGUUCUGAUGAAGCACUCUGGACUCCCUCGGGAUGAAGAGGAAACGAUGGAAACCAACCAAGAGAACCCAACAUCUUAUACUGUUUCCGCCCUCAUCAAAAAGAAGCUCAUCUUUAAAACCCGACCCAAACCCAUCAUCACUAAUGUGCCAAAGAAGGUAUAACUUAUGUUCAGAUAUUAGAGGCUGACUGAUCGGCACAGAAUUCUAGAUUUGUAACCAUAUGUGAAUAUAAAUGUUGUUUUGAAUGGUGGAUUAGUAUCUUUGUAUAUUGUUGUCAGGAAUGAGUAAUUGACAAUAACAUUGAACAAAUAUAAAUAUUCUAAGUAAUGGGCCUACCGUGAAUUUGAAAAUCAGAAAAAGAAAAAGCUCACUUUUGAAUGGAAAUUUAUUGUAUCAAAACAUCAGUUACAAGUGUUUGCAAAAAUAAUUACAUGAGAAAUGUCCAAAUUUAAAGAAUCCAGCUUCUUUUGCAUGUACAUAAAUACAUAAAACAUAAUAUGGAAAGUUCAUGUGAGAUUAAAAAGACCAUGAUGGCCAUUUCUAGGUAUUGUACAUUGUGGAAAUACAGGUUAGCUGUGACACACAGAAUAAAUGGUGGCGUUUUAUCAACACUUGAAUAUUUUAUUUUGCGAGUAGACGUAAGCUGCCAGUGGCGAUCUGAAAA